GAAGAAGCAAAAUUCAGCCCGUUCUUCCCAUCAAUUUUCUUUCCGGGCAGGCACGUCGUUAGAUGUCUUCGAUAAAGUGGUCACUUGCUUGAUCGCUGUUAGCUCAUUCUUCCGUCAUGAUAUAUAUCCAGGAUUUAUUGAAUGAUCAUGUGGGUACGUCUAAGUAGUUGUAAGGAUGACCACCGGCAGCGCAGGCAGUUGUACAGCACAUUGGACGCCUCUGUCCGACGCGGAGUGGCAGGCGAGACUGACUUCAGAGGAGUUUGAGAUCCUCCGUAGGCGCGGAACCGAACCAGCAGGUAAGGGCGAAUACGCGAACCAUUUUAGCGACGAAGCAGGAUUCUACGCGUGUCGCGGUUGUGGACUGCCUUUGUAUCCAAGAAGUGCAAAGUUUCGCUCAGGGUGUGGCUGGCCUGCUUACAACGCCUGUUAUUUCUCUGACGCGUUGGGAGGAAGUCAUGUGAGCUACGCGAGGGACGACGACCACGGUCGAACGCGGCUGGAAGCGCUCUGUAAACGGUGUGGCAGUCAUUUAGGGCAUGUAUUUUUAGGUCACAAGAGUGAGGGCGAAACGGAGCGGCACUGUGUGAACUCGCUCAGUGUGCGGUGGGUGCCUACGACUGAGGAACAAAAAAAUGCUCAUUCUGGUGAGAAGAAAAACCUGCCAACUGUGGGCCUCGAACAACUAAACACGGGUUUGCUGUCAGAAAUUGUACCAGACAAACUUCGUGCGGAACUAGAUGAUGUAAAAUAUGCAGCUGACGACUCCCGCAAUAAACCACUUUCACUGCCGGUGAAAAAUCAGGCUGAUGAGUCAGGAAAAAGUUAUGAUAGAGACGGCGAGAAGGGGUCAGAAAAGUGACCGGGCCGCUAAUCAUGUUCCCAUUACGAAGACGAAUCUCUCGCUUACGGCAGCGUUUCAAAAAACUGGCGUGUACGAGGUACCUACUCGUACUCGAAGGCCUUGUUGAAAAAGGCUAAGUCUGAGCACAGCAACGCAGGCCCCCGAGAUUUUCGCGCGCACAGAUGUUAUUAUCGCCUACUAGGCGUAGAAGAGGAUCGACAUAGGAUGCCCGAUUUCAUUCUCACAAAUCUCUACCGCCGGUGCUCGGCUCUGGCGUAGGGUUUCCGUCACACCUGCAAAGUACACCCUUCUCGCGUCCCUCUUUACUAAAAUGACACAAAGAGCUGCCACGGGGAGGAAUUAUUGCGGAUCGAAUUUUCUGAUGUGUGGAGUGCAGUCAGCGACGCCGAAAAGUUUAGUCUCUCUCGGCUUGAGAGUUACUGGAAAAUCCUCGGCUUCAAGUCCGUUCCAGCCGCGGAAUCAACCGCUGAGAAUCUCCUUCGAUACAUGAUUUUCUCCGAUGAAAAGAACUAUCUUUUAGACAGCCGAUUUGGUGGUGGUGGUGGUGGUGGAGCAGGUGGUGUUCUUUUUGUUAGAAAACAAAGUGCAGGAGAUCCGGAAAAAACCUAUGAUAAUCUUGGAUUAUCCUGUCGACCAAGCACGAUCCCAGGCGCCGGCCAAGGACUCUUCGCCACGCGGAAUUUUCGGAAGGAUGAAUGGAUCUGUGUUUACUUCGGACGAAGAGUCGGGUUUCAAGAGCGCAUGAAAGCAGCAACGACAGCAGCGACCAAUGCUACCACAGAGGAGAGUCAUGCGACGAGUUCAUCUGGUGCGCCGAAUACCGACUAUCGCUUAGGCGGUUUCGGGCUUUUCAGCGUAGACGCGCUGCAGUCAGUUGCUGCAGCGCGCUACAUCAAUCACGGCAGCCCAGACCAAAUCAACGCCAAAUUUGCACACAAAUCUCGUACGCUGUUCCAUGCCAUAGCCGUGUGCACACGUGAUGUCACAGCAGGUGAAGAGUUUUUUAUAGACUAUGGGUCUGGUUACUGGCGAGCAAGAAGUGACGUAGCAAAGGACUAGGAAAAUGAAGUCCUGAUCCUGUUGAACAGGAUCAGGACAAAUAGAUGUUAUUCUCGAUUAAAUAGAAUUUUCGACGAAAAUUUUUUUUUGGUAGCGACAUCUACGAGACAAGCCACCAUUUACACUUGUGCGAUCCUACUCCAGCGCUGAACUACAUGUUAACUCCGAGAGGCUCAGACGCGAUGUUAAAGCUAGAGUCGUAAGACGUUAGAGACAUCUGCUUUU